AGGUUCGUUGCUGAGAUGGCUUGGGGGGCAGCUGGGAGCCCUGAUUUGGAGGGUUCGGGUCACCCCUGCAGCCCGCUCAGCGUUAGGAGUGGGGGCUUUGUGGGACACCCCGCCGCCCCCCUUUCCCAUGGGGUUGGGUUAUGCGUCGUUACGCCGCGCUGCUCGCUGCCCCCUCGCUGCCCCCCAGCACGGGGUCACCGUGCCAACAUCUGCAACGCUGUGGGCAUCCCCUGCCCCACAGCCCACGCAGCCGCCCCGCUGUCGCCGCGUCCUGACCCCAUCCGCGCCGCAACCCGAGGUCCGGACACACGAAUCAAUGAAUUCCCCAAACGGGGAGGUCCGGGGGAGGGGAGAAUCCCGGCACAGGAAAAAGCUCUGAACUGGGCGAGCCGCGGGCAGAGCGGUCCGGGCCGCCCCACAGCGCGGCCCUACGCGCGACCCCAUCUCCUGGCACACAGCUCCGCCGCCCACCCUCUGCCCUUCUGCCCCAUGUUCCGUUCUCGCCGCGCCGCGCUGCUGAGGCGGCUGUGGCGACAGCGCUGCCCGACCCCCGGCCCCGAGGAGGGUCCCGGUGCCCUGAAACCCGCGGCGCACGCCCUGUUCAAGAAGCUGAAGGACGAGGAGCUGGAGCUGCUGCUGCAGGCGGUGGAGAGCCGCGGUGCCUGGGAGUCCGGCUGCGUCUGGGUGCCGCGGGGGGCCAAGCAGGCGCUGCCCCCCCAGGUGCUGCUGUGCCGCCUGUUCCGCUGGCCCGACCUGCGGCAGCCCCAUGAGCUCAAGCAUCUCUGCUACUGCCAGAGCGCGGGGGGCCGGGGCGGCUGCGGGGAUGCGGCCGCGCUCUGCUGCAACCCCCAUCACUUCAGCCGUCUGGCUGCGCCCGAGACCCCUCCACCCCCCUACUCGAAGUCCAUCAGCCCCUCCUGGCCAGCUGAGCCCAAGUCCCCCCAGCUCCUGGACUUCAGCUGCAACCACGCGGAGCGGCGCGACACCAGCAUCUCUCGGAGCGCGGCACGGGACGGCUGCUGGUGCAAACUGGCGUACUGGGAGCACCGGACACGCGUGGGUCGCCUCUACGCCGUGCACGAAGCGUCGGUGAACGUCUUCAGCGAGCUGCCGCGGGGCAGCGGGUUCUGCCUGGGCCAACUGCCCGCCGUGCACCGCAGCCGCGCCGUGCGCAGCGCCAGGGGGAAGAUUGGGAGGGGGCUGCUGCUGAGCCGGGAGCUGAGCGCCGUCUGGGCGUACAACCGAAGCGAGCAUCCCAUCUUUGUCAGCUCGCCCACCCUGGGCCCGCCUGGAGCCCACGGGCUCGCCGUGCUCAAAGUGCUGCCAGGGUAUUCGGCGAAGGUGUUCGACUACGAGAGGGCGGGGGGGAUGGGGGCCGGGGGGUGGCGGAAUGGGGAUGGGCCUUGCGACCCCCAUAGUGUCCGGAUCAGCUUUGGGAAGGGCUGGGGGCCGUGCUACUCGAGGCAGUUCAUCACCUCGUGCCCUUGCUGGCUGGAGGUGCUGCUGGCACAGCCCUGCUGAGAGGCCGUUGGGGUGGCACGGCCCCCAUCUAUGGGCCCCUGCGUUCCCACGGGACCCCCAACCCCCCUUCCCAAAGCCCGGGUGUGGGGCUGGGGCAGGGCGUUAUUUAAUCUCUCUUUGGUUAUUAUGAUUUCCGUGGUUACGUUGCAUGUUUAAUUUAUGUUAUUUGUGUAAAAGGGUGAAAAGGAGGAAGUUGAAGUUGAGGAGGGUGGGAGUGCAGGGAAUGCGAGGGUCUAUAGGGGGCAGCUCCUGAGCAGGGGGUGAGCGGGGGGGUGGGAUGGGCACAGCUGGAACGAAGGGGGUGAGCACAGCUGGAAUAGGGCUGAGCAGAGCAGGAAUCGGAGGUGAGCACGGCUGGAAUGAGGGGUGAGCAGAGGUGGAAUGAGGUGGGCACAACCGGAAUGAGGAAGGAAAGCUGAGGAAUGGAGGAAAUCACAGCUGGAAUGGGGAACUGAUGGAGUGAGGGGUGAGAACAGCUGGAAUGAGGGGUGAGCACAGCUGGAAUGAGGGGUGAGCACAGCUGGAAUGGGGAAUUGAUUGAAUGAGGGGUGAGAACGGCUGGAAUGAGGGGUGAGCACAGGUGGAAUGGGGAACUGAUGGAGUGAGGGGUGAGCACAGCUGGAAUAGGGGGUGAGCACAGCUGGAAUAGGGGGUGAGCACAGCUGGAAUAGGGGGUGAGCACAGCUGGAAUGAGGUGGGAACGGCUGGAAUGGGGAAUUGAUGGAAGGUGGGAUGAGAACAGCUGGAAUGGGGGCGGGCACAGCUGGAACGAGAGGUAAGUACAGCUGGAGGAGGGGGCAGAAACGCACAUCCGAGGCGGUGCAGGUGA